AGCGUGCGGUGCGGCGCGGCCCUUGUGGCCGGCCAGCCGGGGUCACCGGCGCCCAGACCUCGGUCGGAGCAGAAAGGAGUGGAGCAGGCGGUGGCUAUGCUGAGGGUCCCGUGCUGGCGUGUCGGAGCGCGGCUGCGCGGCUUGCGCGGCGGGCUCCAGGCCCCCGCCGAAAGCGGCCGGCGGGGCGUGGUCUCCUGCAUCGACCCUUCUACGGGACUAAACGAAGAGCAGAAAGAGUUCCAGAAAGUGGCCUUCAACUUUGCUGCCCGGGAGAUGGCGCCAAACAUGGCAGAGUGGGACCAGAAGGAGCUGUUCCCAGUGGACGUGAUGCGGAAGGCAGCCCAGCUGGGCUUUGGGGGGAUUUACGUACGAACAGAUGUAGGAGGGUCUGGACUGUCACGGCUCGACACCUCUGUCAUCUUUGAAGCCUUGGCCACAGGCUGCACCAGCACCACAGCCUACAUAAGCAUCCACAACAUGUGUGCCUGGAUGAUCGACACCUUUGGAAGCGAGGAACAGAGGCACAGGUUUUGCCCCCCACUCUGUACCAUGGAGAAGUUUGCUGCCUACUGCCUCACUGAGCCAGGCAGCGGGAGUGAUGCCGCCUCCCUCUUGACCUCCGCCAAGCGACGAGGAGAUCAUUAUGUGCUCAGUGGCUCCAAGGCCUUCAUCAGUGGUGGAGGUGAAGCAGACAUCUAUGUGGUCAUGUGCCGAACAGGAGGACCAGGCCCCAAAGGCAUCUCAUGCAUAGUUGUUGAGAAGGGGACCCCUGGCCUCAGCUUUGGCAAGAAGGAGAGAAAGAACAUACUCAUGGAGGUGCCACAAAGGAGGAGAGUUCUGCCCGAUCCUGAAGGACGCUGUGAGAAAUGUUUGGGGACAGUUUUCGAGGGACUAAGUCCAGGGAUAGGAGAGCCUGGUGGACAGGACGCUGCCCUGAGCGGUCAACUUCUGGGCAGCCACACAGCCCCUGAUUUUUGCCAGGUGGGGUGGAACUCACAGCCGACCCGAGCGGUGAUCUUUGAAGACUGUGCUGUCCCCGUGGCCAACAGGAUCGGGGACGAGGGCCAGGGCUUCCUCAUUGCCAUGAAAGGCCUGAACGGGGGGAGGAUCAAUGUCGCGUCCUGCUCUCUGGGCGCUGCUUAUGCUUCGGUCAUCCUCACCCGAGACCACCUCAAGGUCCGGAAGCAGUUUGGAGAGCCCCUGGCCAGUAACCAGUACCUGCAGUUCAAACUGGCGGAUAUGGUGGCCAGGCUGGUGGCCUCGCGGCUGAUGAUCCGCAGCGCAGCCGUGGCGCUACAGGAGGGACGUGAGGAUGCGGCGGCCCUGUGCUCCAUGGCCAAGCUCUUCGCUACAGACGAGUGCUUUGCGGUGCGUGCUGACGCUCUCUGCCUCUCCUGGGUGACCGGCAUGUGGUGGGCCGUUCGUCCGCUCCUGGAACGCUGCAUAUGCAACCAGGCCCUGCAGAUGCACGGGGGCUACGGCUACCUGAAGGACUGCGCGGUCCAGCAGUACAUGCGGGACUCCAGGGUCCAUCAGAUCCUCGAAGGCAGCAACGAAGUGAUGCGGAUACUGAUCUCAAGAAGCCUGCUGCAGGAGUAGCCCCUGGACGGAGGCUCCGAUGGGAGGAUCAGUGUUGAGUGGUUCCAUGUGGACGGCGCUGUCACAGUGAGUCCAGGACGCACUGGAGGGGCUGUGCUUGUCCAGGGCACCAUCACAGCGUCAGCUGGAGGGCAGCGCCUGGAGGACGGCGGGAGCUGCCCUGGCUGGAACGUUGCAAGAAGACGUGCCGCCUUGUUUUCCUGACGCAGAGGGUGACCAGUGAAUACUGACCACCAGACCACUGUCCUUUCCUGGAUCCACAGAGUCUUGAUUGUCUGCGUUUUGCUGGUUCACCGGACCCCUCUUCUGGGAGUCUGGGUGCUUCUGCUGAGGGUUUUUCCUGACUGUAGGGCAGAGGUGUGGGAAGGGAGGGAAGGAGGGAAAGCGUCUUCCUGUCAUCUUCUGUUCUUUGUGCCUCAGCUAAAGAUGCGGAAGGUUUCCUGGGCUGCUCUUCCUUUGCAGCAACUCCUCCUCUGAGUGUAAAUCAUGAUGAAAUGAGUGUGUGGAAAUCCUCCUCCUAAGCUGAGAUUUAGGGCGUGUCUGCACUUCUGGACUAUCUGCAUAUCAAGGGCUGAGAUUCUUUGGAACUGUGAACACUUGUUGUUUUAGAAGUGUGGGGUCUGGGAAUGGCAUUCAAAGUUCCUGUAACAUUUCCUUAUAAGUGCUUUGAGUAUAUAUUUUUUCUGAGUUUUUGCUUUUUGCUCCUCUUUUUAAAUGUUUUUAAUCACUACAUUAAUAAAUAAAAUCUAUC